AUGCCAGAACAAAUUAUUUUAGAGGAAAAAACUUCUAAUACUCAAUCAAAUGCAGUAGACUCAGUAGCGAUAAAUGAAAUAACUCCUAGUUUAUUAGUUAUCCAAACUGUCGUCAAUGAGCAAGUUGAAGCUAACCUAGAAAAAGGUUUAAUUCCUAAUGCGUCAGAAUUAAACAAAUCAAGUUCAGAACAAACUAUUCCACAACAUAUUCGGAAACUUUAUGGGGGAGAUGGAUCAUGCUUUGGAAUUUUUUGUUUGAUGAUUUUAAUUAUUAUUAGUCUAUUUAUUAUAGGUUAUAACCUUUACAGAUCAAUCAAUGCAAUAGUUAGUUUAAGCCAUAAUGAGGAAUCUACACCUGGAAGAAUAACGAAUAUAGUUUGGUUUAGUGUUCUUCUUCCAUUAGUUUGUUGUGCAAAGAUUAGUGCAAAAGCAUCAUCAACAGUUGCUAGCGUAUUCAUUGCCUUAUAUAUGAUUGCUUCUCUUAUAAUUACAAUAUUAAAUUUGACUGGAAAAUUGGAUAAAAGUAUGUAA